GCCCAACUUCAUUAUGCAAUUCCACUUUAAAGCUUCUAUGGGGAAAAAACAAAUGUGGAUGACUGAAACGAAAGAAAUAAUAACAUAAGGAACUGAAACGGAGAAGGAAAGACAAAAGAGAAAAGAAGGGUGGCCGUCGUUCUCUAUCUUAGCUAAAGGGUUUCAAGCUGCCGGGGACCGUCUGAGAUCCAAUUGAAAGGGAAAAAAGGUCGUCGGAAACAGAGAAGAAGAAGCUACUGCUCUCCCGCUCCGAGGUCUACUGAAUUGUCAUCAUUUCCCUGUCGCCGGGGGAGAUAGGGAAGGAUUUCUUUUACUUUGUUCCUUGUCAGAUGUCGCAUAGAUAAAGAAAUUGGAGAGGGAAGCGAAAAAGCAGGUCUUUGGAUCCGAUCUCGAUUGAGAGAGAGAGAGAGAGAGAGAGAGACCAGUCAUCGGAUUCUACUGUUCCCGCGGCGACAUUGCCCCAUCGCCGAUCUACACUGUGGGGGGAGGAAGCUAGAGGCUGAAUUGGGUCCGUUGUGUGAAAGUCGACUACUUGUCGUCUGUAUUGCUGUGAAUCGAGGGGAUAGCUGCUUUGAGACGGUAGCUGGAUUGCAAUUGAAUCAUCUUCUGCCCUCAAGCCUGGAUAGUAAUAGGUAAUGGUACCAUCUACCAGCGAUGUAGAUGAAGCAGUUGAAAUGGAGGAGGAGACUUCAGAUGAUGGACAGGAAACAGCUGCACCACCAGAAGCAGUUGAGAUGGAGGAGGAGAUUUCAGAGGAUGGACAGGAGACAGCUGCACCACCAGGACAUCAAGAAGAAGAUGAGUCAAUCCUAGAACCAUGUGAGGGUAUGGAAUUCGAUUCAGAAGACGCUGCAAAGAUAUUCUACGACGAAUAUGCACGAAAGCUGGGAUUCGUCAUGCGUGUGAUGUCAUGCCGUCGGUCUGAAAGGGACGGGAGAAUUCUUGCUCGUCGGUUCGGCUGUAACAAGGAAGGUCACUGUGUUAGCGUUCGAGGCAAACAAGGUAACGUUCGAAAGCCACGACCCAGCACGAGGGAAGGAUGCAAGGCUAUGAUUCAUGUUAAGUUUGAUAAAUCCGGGAAGUGGGUGAUCACGAAGUUUGUGAAGGAACACAAUCAUCCGCUCGUUGUUGUUGCGCACCGUGAAGCCCGCCAGACAUUGGAUGAGAAGGACAAACGGAUACAAGAACUGAGCAUGGAGCUACGAAACAAGAAGAGGUUAUGCACGGUGUAUCAGGAUCAGCUAUCCGCAUUCAUGAAGAUCGUCGAAGACCACUGCGAUCAGAUAUCGACGAAAGUGCAGAAUGUGGUGAGAAAUAUCUCAGAGUUGGAAUCUAUAGAGUAGGGACCUAUGGCUUCUUCAGUUUCUUCUGCAUGAUAGAUAGUUUGCAGGGAAUAAUCCAAGUCAUCUUAUACGAUUGUUUUCCUGUAAGUAAAUUGCAAUGUGAAUUUGUCAGUCAACUAAACAGAAGACUUGGUAACAACCAAUGACAGGUUCACUCAUCUUGUAUAUGUUUAUUUCAACUGAUCUUGAUUACCACUUCUUUCGUGUAAAAUUCUUAAACUUUGACAUGAAUGAUAGAACUUAUGGGUGUGAUUUGGCUAUGAUGGAAUGUGAGAGCUAUUAAAAAAAUACUUGCUAGCCUAGCAAAAGAAACGACUGGUUUAUUAGUUACUCCAAAUUUGAGAACACAAAUU